AUGCCCUCGGCACAGCCGCCAAGCCGGCUUCCUGGGGAGCCGCCGCAGCGCGGGCGACUGGGAGAGGGGGCGGUGCGCAGUUCCCGACCCGGCCCUCCCCGCGGAGGCGGCCACGUCAGCGCAGCGUCGCUCGGGGCUCGCGGCCGGAUGGGGAAGGCGGCGGCCGCGGCGGUGGCCUUUGGGGCCGAAGUGGGGGUGCGGCUCGCGCUGUUCGCGGCCUUCCUGGUGACGGAGCUGCUCCCCCCGUUCCAGAGACUCAUCCAGCCGGAGGAGAUGUGGCUCUACCGGAACCCCUACGUGGAGGCGGAGUAUUUCCCCACCAAGCCGAUGUUUGCUAUUGCAUUUCUCUCUCCACUGUCUCUGAUCUUCCUGGCCAAAUUUCUCAAGAAGGCAGACACAAGAGACAGCAGACAAGCCUGCCUGGCUGCCAGCCUUGCCCUGGCUCUGAAUGGCGUCUUUACCAACACAAUAAAACUGAUCGUAGGGAGGCCACGCCCAGAUUUCUUCUACCGCUGCUUCCCUGAUGGGCUAGCCCAUUCUGACUUGAUGUGUACAGGGGAUAAGGACGUGGUGAAUGAGGGCCGAAAGAGCUUCCCCAGUGGACAUUCUUCCUUUGCAUUUGCUGGUCUGGCCUUUGCGUCCUUCUACUUGGCAGGGAAGUUACACUGCUUCACACCACAAGGCCGUGGGAAAUCUUGGAGGUUCUGUGCCUUUCUGUCACCUCUACUUUUUGCAGCUGUGAUUGCACUGUCCCGCACAUGUGACUACAAGCAUCACUGGCAAGAUGUACUAGUUGGAUCCAUGAUUGGAAUGACAUUUGCCUAUGUCUGCUAUCGGCAGUAUUAUCCUCCUCUGACUGAUGCAGAAUGCCAUAAACCAUUUCAAGACAAACUUGCACUUUCCACUGCACAGAAGCCUGGGAAUUCUUAUUGUUUUGAUAUUUAAAAAUUGAAUCUGGCCGGGCGUGGUGGCUCAUGCCUGUAAUCCCAACAUUUUGGGAGGUCAAGGAGGGUGGAUCACCUGAGGUCAGGACCAGCCUGGCCAACAUGGUGAACUCUGUCUCUACUAAAAAUACAAAAAUUAGCCAGGAGUUGUGUGCCGUAAUCCCAGCUACUCGGGAGGCUGAGGUGGGAGAAUUGCUUGAACCUGGGAGGUGGAAGUUCCAGUGAGCCGAGAUCGCACCACUGUACUCCAGCCUAGGCAACAGAGUGAGACCCCGUCUCAAAAAAAAAAAAAAAAUUGAAUCUACCUCAAUGGAGAACAGGUGAACUAGCCCUCCUAACCGGACCAUGCACAAGACAAGAAAUUCUGGCCUUUUAUUUCCCCUUCCAAGGUGCAAGUGAGGACAUAAGCCACACUGUAUUCUGCCUCCAAAUGAUUACACACUUUUGCCCCUGCUCACAUGGAUCUAUCUUGAGGAGUUAUGGUUCUUUUCCACUACUGUAUGCCACAUGUUCUAGUAAAAGAAUCUUUCAAAGGUGUCCAACACCUUAUGAAUCUGGUCUAUCAGAUUGAUAUCUGAAGAUCUACAGUGUUUUUACAUUUAAUUUAAAUGCCAUUCUGAGAAGGAUCUUGUCACAAAGAAGCCUUUACAUAGCCCCACCUUGUCUCAGAAGCUAGAGUUAAUUAUCAAAACUUAAUUUCCAUUUCAUAUAGCUCAAAAUCUUAAAAUCUAGGGCAUGGCCAACUAAAUUACUUUGAUUCUGUUUACCUUCUCUGAUGACAAUUCCAUCAAGCCUUAAAUAGGAAAAUGUCGAAUCUGGGGUAAUUUAUCACUUUUGUGCACAUCUUAUCUGAGUCCAGCCAUCUGGUACUGCUGUGCAUUUUGAACACCGUGGGCAUAAACAAUUUGUUGAAUUACUAAGUGAACACAAUAAUAAAGAAGAAAAUGGUCAGGAGUGUGGUUUCAGCACUACUAACAGAUGACUGUUUCUACCUCAUUUGACCAUAACUGUGCUUGUGAGUUUCUUUCCUUCCAUUCAUGACUGGAGAUCUGCUCAAAUGCACCAACACUGCCAAGCGAAUACGGCAGAAAAGAAAAAUGACAGGUAUCGUCAUCUGAAGGACAGAUGAAUCUUUUUCUGCCCCUUUUUCACAAUGGAAUAUAAGGAACAAUUAUAGGAUGUCAUCAGAACUGAUGCCAUAGGACCUACAGCUCCCUUUCUCUUUAUUGUGAUUAUACUUUAAAUAUGACGUUGUCUUUUAUAUCUUCCUAUAUUUUCAAUGUAUCUUUUUCCUUCAGUAAACCUGAUAUUCAAAUAAAA